UUUUUUUUAAGACUGGUACUGGUCUGUCAAACACGUGGGGAGGAGAGUGUGACUUUCCACUAGCGUACGUUUCAAAAAGCUCACGUUGUUAGUGUUGCUAUCAUCGUUGCGGUACCGAGGACCCAAAAACAUUGUGUAGCUGCUAGUGUCUUGAGGAAAUGCCACUGAGGUUUCGCUCUGUUGUACCCUAUACACUGCCCGGAGUACUCGCACUGAUUGGAUGGUGGUGGUACAUCUCACGAAAGAGAGAGCGGCUCAUCAACCAUGACAGGACUGAGGGAACUCCAACCACUACGGACCUUAAAACAUCUUCAGCAGAUGGUAGCAAUGGUUUGGUGGAGAAAGACACUGUAUCCCCCACAAAUGACACAGACAGCCCCAUUCACAGACCUCCAAAGGCCAGUAACCAGAGAACACAACAUGAAAACAUUUCACAGAUCAGUUUCCAGCACACCGAAGCAUCACCGUCACUGGCACAAAGUUCUGAAGAUUUUUCGUGUAAUUCUGAGAGAAUGAAACGAGGAGUCCAUAGGCCUCCACAGUCAGCGCUGCCAUCACUUGAUAAAGAUGACAGCUUACAGGUAUCAUCGAAAGACCCAGAGAGGAGCUUGUCACUUGCCUUGGGAACAGAGCUCAACCUAGUGAAAGAUCCAGUAUCUGAUCUAGAACAAGCCACAUCGGAAAAAAUCACAUUUUCCUAUCAGUCUACCAAAGUCACCAGCUCCUUUCCCACAACAUCGCUGCUUUCUGGUGCAGAGAGACCAGACCCAGAGGGGGAAGUUGCAAAGAACCACAGCACUAAUAAUACACAAGAUGAAAUGGUUGGAUGCAUGCUCAUCCCAGCCAAUGUAGAGAGCGUGGACCCAUCAGAAGCAGACUCUCUGGAUUCCAUUCCACCAGUGCAGGAUUUUCACCAACACAUACUGUCCAGCACACCAACUGCCCCAGUCCUGGCCUCUACAUCACUAAGUAUUGUCCAAAACACAACAGCAGUAACACCAGAGGACAUAUUGGUAUACGGUAGCCCUGGAGAGGAGCAUGAUCUUGAGAAUCUUGCUGCUCAACUUAUAACUAAGGUCAUCUCAGCUGCCACCCAGGAAGUCCUUAGUGUCACAAGUUGUCAGGUUGUGGACAAAAGCCUGCCUAACUGCAGUAGUGGUGGACUAUACCCAGAACUCGAGCCAAUCAUAGAAACACAGAAGCACCAUCAUCUCUCGACAAGCCCUUCUCAGGUAGGCUGUGAUUGUAGAGAGGCAACAGAAAAAGAAGGGCAAGCAGUGCCUAAUGGAUGCUCCUCAUCUCCAGUAUGGAAAUCUGUUGAUGUCAGUCACAUAAAUCAUCAGAAAAAUGCUGUUCACAGCAGCCACUGGUCAACACAGCUGCCCCAAGAAGCACAAACCUCACCUGUGUUGAACAUUAAACAAAAAGGUGACGAUGCUGCUCCGCUGGCCGAGGACUCGGCCUGCAGCACCUGCCACUCUGAGGAUGGCAUUAGCAGUGAGGAUCUUCAAAGCAGCAUGUUUGACAACCAAAGUGAUGUGAUCCAGCUUACAGACAUCUCCGCAAGAGAAGCAGCACAGGGCCAGGUGCAGACUGAGAGUUUGACAGAAGGCUUAGUUUUGUCUGCAACUGAAGAAGACUCUCUGGAUGCACCGUGUGAGAUAAAGGGGCUAAAUGCAGUAGGUGUAAGGAAUGGAGCUCAUGGGACAUGUGAAGUAGAGACGGAUCAAUCUGGAGGUUCUGAUGUAAACAGUAUGGACUCUGUGGAUAGCGGAUGCACUAUGGGUGCCCUAGAGAGUAAGGGCAACCAUGCUGCCUCCUCAAGCACUGAGCUGAUCAUCUGGGAGAUUGAGGUACCAAAGCAUCUUGUAGGGAGACUUAUUGGAAAGCAAGGUAGAUAUGUGAGUUUCCUAAAGCAGAACUCUGGAGCAAAGAUCUACAUUUCUACUUUGCCUUAUACACAGGAGUUCCAGAUUUGUCACAUAGAAGGGACACAGCAGCAGGUUGACAAAGCCCUGUCGUUGAUUGGGAAGAAAUUUAAAGACCUGGACCUGAACAAUCUAUAUGCUGCACCACCACCUCCACUUACAUUACCAUCUCUUCCCAUGACUUCAUGGCUUCUCCUUCCAAGUGGAGUCACAGUUGAAGUGAUAGUGGUGAACAUUGUGUCAGCCGGUCACGUCUUUGUCCAGCAACACACCCACCCCACGUACCAUGCCCUGCGAAGCCUUGACCAGCAGAUGUUCCUUUGCUACUCGCAGCCAGGCACCCCUGCCUUGCCCUCACCUGCUGAAAUUGGUGUGAUCUGUGCAGCUCCUGCAGUUGAAGGAGCCUGGUGGAGAGCUCAGGUCAUCACCUUCUACAAAGAAUCGAAUGAAGUGGAGAUCAGAUACGUUGACUAUGGAGGCUAUGACAGAGUUAAGAUUGACUCACUACGGCAAAUAAGGUCUGACUUUGUGACACUACCAUUUCAAGGUGCUGAAGUAUUACUUGACAACAUUGCACCACUACCAGGAGAGGAUCGUUUUUCAGCUGAGGCCACAUCAGAGCUGGAGGAAAUGACCAGAGGAGUGCCAUUGCUUGCGCAGGUCUCCAGCUAUGAUAACAACACAGGCCUCCCGCUGGUCCACCUGUGGAACAUGGUUGGAGAUGAGAUUAUAUCUGUGAACCGUACACUGGCAGAGAGAGGCCUGGGUGUUUGGGUGGAUGGAUUUUGAACUUGCAUGGUCUCUCAACUUCAUCAAACAGUUCACUUGAUCUAAAAAAACAAAAACAAACAAAAAUCCCCCCCCCCCCCAUGCUAUUGCCCUUUCCCCUCCUUUAAAAAGAAAUAAAUUGUUUGCAGGCAUAAUGGAGAUGAUGAACAAGAACAUAACACUACUUUAAUAUGAGACAGCCUUCCAUUUUUGUUCUUGUGCUAAAAUAGGAGAAAGGAAGACGUGUUUAAAAAAAAAAAAAACAAAACAAAAAAAAACACCCAACAAAAAACCAAAAAAAAACACUGUAACUAAUGGUUCAACCAAUAUUUUAUUUUGUUUCCUACACCAUCCAUUUUUGUGCUGGACCUUUGCACACUGACAGUGGAUUGAGUGUGAAAGGACAGGUACCUGCAUCAGUGUACUGUAGUCAUCUGUAGGUUAGUGUAUUUCAAAGCUGCCUGGCUUCUUGCCUGGAGUGAAAGUUGGGGACACAAAAGCUUAUAGCACUGCAAAGUUUAGAGAUGAUCAGCUCAGUGUUCCCUGUGGGAGCACUGAGCUGAUCUACCCAGUCCUGUGGCCUCAGUCUCCUUUAGCAAGGACAGAGGAACUACCUUGUUGCUUUUUGCUUUGAUUUUCUCCAUGAAGCUGAUUUGCUAUAGCGAAUAACAAUCAUGAAUGACCUACCAUACAAAAUGCGGUUGAAUGAUUGCUCUACAUGUUGGCAGGAUGUGUUUUUUUUUUGGGGGGGGCUGAUUUUUCACCUGAGGAAGCAGAUCGUUACAUUGGGGCAAUGCAAAUUCCUCAACAGGAGAUGUUCAGUUUGGCUGACAAAACUACAGAUUGAUUUUUGAGGUGCUAUUUAAAAAAACAAAUAAAAAAUCUGUGUAUUUAGUGUCCCCCAUUCCUGGAGGUUGAUUAUUUUAUACACAAAAGGUGAAAUGAACCAUAUGAAAGCUUGUGAUUGAAUGUACUGUAUUUUCAAAACUGAUUACCAAAUGGUUAAAAAUCUUACCUUACGAGUAAA